AUGAACAACGAACCUUAUGGCACGUAUCCAGAAUGUGGUGACGGGCCACACGAUGAUCCUCCCGGUCCUCCGCCACCAGGUUGCGGUCUUAAUUCACAGAAAGCAGUGUAUACGUGGUUGAGCAAAGCGGGCGGACUUCGACUCGAUUGUGCCAAUUCGUACUACAAUCACCGGUAUGUUGCUCAAGGAAUCGAGCAAAGUCUCGUCGAUCGAUUUCAAAUUUUCAUUUUGAGCAAAGUCGGACCGACAUUUGCUUUGGGCUAUAAUGAAACAAUUGAGCAAACGCUGGAUGUCUUGCAACAACUUCAGACGGGUUGGAUAGACUUGUUGCUCGUACACUGGCCGACCAUGCAACAUCGCGGUCAAGUGUAUGUACCAAAGAGUUCUGAUCCAGCAUGUAAUACUACAAACCCACUUACAUACAAUGAAAAGAUAUGUCGCCUAUCGACUUGGUCCGCCAUGCUCGUAUUAUUCAACCUUGGGCUGGCUCGUUCUAUUGGUGUAUCAAAUUAUAAUAUCACACAUUUGCAAGAAAUCAUUGAUGCUGGUCUGCCGCUACCAAGUGUCAAUCAAGUUUCGUUUCAUCCGUACAAUUAUCGAACUGGACGAGCGGACUUGCUUGCAUUUUGUCAGAAGAAUCGUAUUCAAUUAGUAGCCUAUUCACCCCUGGGAGUACCCGAUGUACAACAGUUUCCGACCGAACAUAAAAGCGAAGGAGCAACAGGUAUGUCUCGUACAUUGCUCGAAGAUCCAGUCAUUACUUCAUUAGCCAAAGCCUAUAAUCGCACUCCGGCACAGAUUUUGCUGCGUUGGAUUCAUCAGCUGGGCGUUGCAUCGAAUCCGCGUUCGAUGAAUGAAACUCACAUGAUAGAAAAUCUCGAUAUUUUCUCGAAUCCAUUUACGAUCAGCGACAUCGACAUGACUGCCAUUGUCAAUCUAGCUCAAGAUACGUGCGACGUCGAUCCAGACUGGUACCAAUGUGUAGGAAAUGGGAAUUUUCCGUAACAAUUCACUCUUGAAUUUUCUCCAUUAUACGUUUCAAAACUUUCCAACAUUUUGUUCUUUCGUACAUAAAUAGAUCUUCUUCAAGGCAACAUACUCUCUCAAGAUAUAAAAAUAUUGAAAGAAGUGGAAGAAAUUCAUUAAUUCUUUGCUUUCACAGAGAAUCAAUAAACUAGAGAGGUGGAAGUUGCUUGGCAUCCAUUUGGAGAUAGUAAUUACUUUGUAUAAAGCUCUACUUAUCAAAAGGUUCUGCUUGCUCAUUUGUCGGCAUUUUCAUCUCAAAUCUUCUUUGUUCCUUAUCAGUUAUAUCCAUUUCUUUCUCUUUUUUCGAAAAUCCCGCUCGAUUCUUUCUGUAUCUACGAUUUUCUCUUGUUACUCACUCUUUCAUUCGACGCUCUCUUGGAUAUCUAUCUUGUGUUCAAAUGGACCAGAGUGGAUCCACCAUGACUCUCAAAACGCUUCGAGCACGAAUAGGGACAUACGAUUCACUUAUCUGAGAGUUCAGAAGUCUUGAAUAAAUCAUUGCAUUUUGACUCGAUUAAUCUAGUCUUAUCUCGCUCUUCGGGUCAGCAGUGAUUAACGAUGUGUUUCUUAUCCUCGUGCUGUCUAUGAGUGAUAGGGUUUCUUGUUGUAAAUGGAUCGUAAUUCUAACUGCAACGAAGUGACCAGAUGCUUAACUUCUUCCUUUGUCUUUACACGUAAUUGUCUGCCGAACGACGUGAAACAAACAACGACAAUUUUCCAGCAUCGAAUAUACGAGGGAAAAACCGAUGUUUAGAUGUUUUAUUUUAACAUAAAUUGAUCUAGUGCUAUGCCAUGCUGCUCAUUGAAUAAUUGAUAAAAAACAAUCCCACGCAUUUACAUUGAUAUAUGAUGGGCAAGCAAAUCUAAAACAAUAGAAUUCGCCAGAUCUGUUUAACUCGAUGAAUGUAGUUUUUCUGCGUAGAUGAAUGUUAUGUCCGAUCGUUUUUCUAAUUACCGAAUUCUGCAACCUUCUGAGUAACAACAAUACAGUACAUUCUGUGUUCGUUUGGAUCGCUCGAGAGAUCAGAAUCAUCGAUCCGUAUGUCCCAAUAGAAUUAACUCUUGACUGAUCGAUAGCUGUUCGCGCAUCGUUUGUGCAUUAUAAUUACAUAUCACCGCUUUCCGAAUAUUCAAAAUAAUGUGCCAUGAUCGAAGAUAGUAACGGGUUGGGCGGAGGAAAUGGCAGCACUUUGCAAUCAACAUUUUUAUAACGAGAUAAACUUUAUCUCAAAACAAGAACAGUGGUUCAAUGCAGUAAUUAAAAUGCUGCAUAUUUAUGAAAAACAUUAUUUUAUGUAAGCACUUUAGUUAUCUAAAACCUUCAAAGUACGAACGGGCCAAAAAGCGACUAUGCUCGCGACGUUUUCUUUGCUACCAGUGCAAUACAUCUCUUCAUUUCUUCCUGUAGUGUUCUAUAAUUAUUUUGAUUUUUCUCACGUA